UUUCGGAGGCGACCAUCAUCUCAAGCACGCUCAAGACAGACGUAUAAGCAGAUAAACAUAAGCAGCAACAAUUCAGAAUACAGGCAUCGCCCUUGACCAGCAAAGGACUUGAAGUGCACGCGUGAAACGCAUCUGCCUUACUCAGAUGGUGACGCACCAGACGAGCAGGGACAUGUGUCGUCAUACCUUCCCUUUUUGACACUUGCAGGCCUUCGACGAGUUUUUUUGGAUUUCGACUUUGGAGUCUCUCGCGGCAGACCGCGACGACGACAAUCCAGAGAAGAUAUUGAUGCGCACAGACGGACACAAUGCCUUUGAUCCUAGAGUCUCAUGACUCUUUGCCUUACAUCGACACAGACCCCACCGAUACUGAAAAGGAUCGAGCCAGAGCCCUAAUCAACCAGCGACUACCCUCAGACUAUCUCACUACAGCACAUCCCUCCAUCUCCUCAUCUCCUAAAGUCAAUUCAUCCGAAGAAAUCCUCCAAAAGCUCGACCUGGCUACACCGGGUAAACGCGAUGCCGGUGGAAUUGACCCGACGCGCUACGAGGCGCCCGACGAACCGGCCGGUGAAAGCACCAUCGAAGCAUACAAACAAAUACUACGGAAAUCAUACGUUGCGAGCACGUUCCUUGAAAACAGACAGACGAAUCUGGAGCUCUUAGAUGAGUUCGGCAAAAAUGUCUGGCUCGUCGGUAAUUCGCAGGUCGAGCAAGUACUACAGGAUAUGGAAAGCGAGCUCGCCAGGGUCAAAACUGAGACUGACGAUAUCAACAAAGCUCGAAAACUUGCUCAGGAACAACACAAGGCGGAACUUCUCGGACUGGAAGAGAGCUGGAAGCGAGGUCUCGGCCAAAUCCUUGAAAUUCAGGUCGCAACGCAAGAGCUCCGGCAGUUGAUUUAUGACCGGCAGCGCCAACAAGCCGCGCAGUGAGUUUCCAGGCCCGGCACGAAAAUUCGUUAUUCGUGCAGAAUGAAGCAAGGAUUUUAGGUCGAGAGGAUCUGCAUAAAUAUGCAGAGGCUUGAAUCAGAUGCGGAGAAUGGCCGUCGUCGGGUUAAGAACGGGCGAGGCACUCCACAUAUGCGAGCAUGGCUUGCUGGAUCACACGCUACCACGGCACCUCGGAUGAGGCAUGGACUUGCUAUGUCUUUCAGAAGACGUUACAUCAUCAUCUGAUUCCAAGCUAUCUGCUUGGUGUUGGUGUUCCUUUGGAGAACUCGAUCUCAAGCUUCGAAAAGGGUUGAAGAACAGGACGAAG